UACUCAUUUUUUAUGCACUAAAUUUCAAAGUUUCGCUCGUUUUUGUUGUCAAAGUCCUGCCAGUGCAAGCAACCGUUAUUUAUUUUGUUUUAUUAGCCAACACGUGCCAACAUUGAUCUCUAAACACACAAAAACAAGUGUCAUUCCGUGAAUAACAAUGUCUGAUCGAAAUUUCUCAUCAAUUUCGAAUAACAUUUGAAAUAUAUAUAUUUUUUUUUUGGUUUGUGAUUUAAGCUGUGAAAGUGAAACAACGAUGUGUUUGCGUAUAGCAUACCAAAAUGCAAUUACAAUACAAUAAUAUAUAUAGUGGCGCGCUCUAAAAAUCCUUUCAACUAAUUUCACAGCUGCCUCCUAACAAAAACCAACAGCAACAACAACAGCAGCGGCAUGGAUGCCCCCACACAGUCUAUUUAUCCGCAUUCCGCAACGCUUUUCGCUGCCAUCAGUGCCUGUGUUUUUGUGACCGUCGGAGUGUUCGGCAAUCUGAUAACAUUGCUGGCGUUGUUAAAGAGCCCAACGAUACGCGAACAUGCGACAACAGCCUUUGUCAUAUCCCUGAGCAUAUCCGAUUUAUUAUUCUGCUCCUUCAGCCUGCCACUGACAGCCGUGCGUUUCUUUCAGGAGAGCUGGACAUUUGGGAGCACUUUGUGCAAGAUCUUUCCGGUGAUCUUCUAUGGCAAUGUCGCCGUCUCACUGCUCAGCAUGGUGGGCAUUACGCUAAAUAGAUAUAUACUCAUUGCCUGCCAUAGCCGAUACUCACAGAUCUAUAAGCCCAAGUUGAUAACGCUUCAACUGGUGUUCGUUUGGGCCGUAUCCUUUCUACUGCUGCUGCCACCCAUAUUGGGCAUAUGGGGUGAGAUGGGUCUCGACGAGGCAACCUUCUCGUGCACAAUACUCAAAAAGGAGGGCAAAUCGAUUAAGAAGACACUCUUCCUAAUUGGCUUUCUGUUGCCCUGUCUGGUUAUCAUCAUAUCGUAUUCCUGUAUCUAUAUAACCGUGCUGCAUCAGAAGAAAAAGAUACGCAGUCAUGAUAAUUUUCAAAUUGGCGCCGCCGGUGCCGCUAAAACAGCAUCAGCAUCCGGUUCCUAUGUGACGACGACGAGUACGCGUAAGGCGCGUGAGGAUAAUCGCUUGACGGUGAUGAUGGUCACCAUAUUUUUGUGUUUCCUCAUCUCUUUCCUGCCGCUGAUGCUGGCCAACGUUGUCGAUGAUGAGCGCAACACCUCCUAUCCCUGGCUGCACAUCAUUGCCUCGGUGAUGGCCUGGGCCUCUAGCGUCAUCAAUCCGAUUAUCUAUGCGGCAAGCAAUCGCAACUACAGAGUUGCCUAUUACAAGAUAUUCGCAUUACUCAAGUUCUGGGGCGAGCCGCUGUCGCCGAUGCCAAGUAGAAACUAUCACCAAAGCAAAAACUCAAAGGAAUUAUCAGGCGUCAUUCGCAGCACGCCAUUGUUUCAUGCUGUUCAAAAGAAUAGUAUUAACCAAAAGUGCCAAACAUAUUCAGUAUGAGUCUUUUGUAUUCGAAUUUGCAAUACACGACAAUUAACUACUUAUUAAUAUAAUAUACACAUAUACAAA